AUGAUGCCCAUAAUUUAUCUAGCUGCUGGCAUCGCACUUAUAUUCGCUGCGAUAUAUGGAGUCAUCAUAUUCUUCUCUCAUUACCCCAGAGAAUCCACUCCUAUAGAGCUCUUGUACAUAACCAACGACUCGCUGAAACCACUGGCCACUGGCGAGAGCCAGGCCACACACCCGUUGCCAGCGCGUAUCAAAUCAACAGACACCCUGUUAAAGGCUAUUGACGGUAUUGAGAUCUCUGUAGUGAUUCCCUGCUACAACGAAGUAGAAAGGUUGGGUAAGAUGUUGGACGAGUGUGUGGAACACCUUGAACUGAACUACAGAGGGAAAUACGAAAUCUUGAUAGUCGACGAUGGUUCCAAAGAUGGAACCGCUCAGUUUGCGCUCACCAAGGCCACGCAGCUUGGAGUGAAACCUCACGUGUUGAGAGCGGUUCAGCUCUCGAAGAACAGAGGGAAGGGAGGUGCUGUUACACACGGAUUGUUGCACACCAGAGGGAGGUUGGCGUUGUUUGCUGAUGCCGACGGAGCUACCAAGUUUGGGGACGUGGAUAGAAUGGUGGAAUUCUUUGCGAAGGAUCUGGACGAUAGCUUGACUGGCAGAGUAGCCAUUGGAUCUCGUGCUCACAUGGUCAAUACUGAUGCUGUGGUGAAAAGAUCAUUCAUUCGUAAUUUCUUGAUGUACGGGCUCCACACAUUGGUGUACGUUUUCGGGAUUAGAAAAGUCCAGGACACUCAAUGUGGUUUCAAGAUGUUUAAUAGACCAGCAAUCGCCAAGAUUUUCCCCCACAUGCAUACGGAAAGAUGGAUAUUUGACGUGGAAGUAUUGCUAUUGGCAGAAUUGCAGAGCAUUCCCAUGAAAGAGAUCGCUGUAAACUGGGAGGAAAUUGAUGGGUCCAAGGUGGAUUUGGCCAAGGAUUCUAUUGGCAUGGCCAUCGACUUGGUGGUCACCAGAAUGGCCUAUUUGAUGGGAAUUUACAAGCUUAAUGAAUGUGGAAGAUUGGGGUUGGAGAAAAAGAACCAGUAG